ACGUGACAAAAGGUGAGUGGACUUCUGACUCGGGUCGGGCAGAACCGUAAACGAGUCGGGCGUAAGAUCCAUAUAUUGGGUCUUGCUGCCGUCACUGGUCUUCUUCUUCUUCGUCCUUCGACGCAUUUAGUUAGAUUCAGAAACAGACUUUGGAAAUGGCAGCGAUUUACAGCCUCUACAUCAUCAACAAAUCAGGCGGCUUGAUCUUCUACAAGGACUAUGGAUCGGCGGGAAGGAUGGACACUAAUGAUAGCUUGAGGCUUGCAAGCUUGUGGCACUCAAUGCACGCCAUUUCUCAGCAAUUGUCUCCGGUUUCCGGUUGCGCCGGCAUCGAGCUUCUCCAAGCUGAUACCUUUGAUCUUCAUUGCUUCCAGUCACUUACCGGGACAAAGUUCUUUGUUGUCAGUGAGCCUGGUACGCAGCACAUGGAAGGUCUCUUGAAACACAUCUAUGAGCUGUACACUGAUUAUGUCUUGAAGAACCCUUUCUAUGAGAUGGAGAUGCCUAUACGGUGCGAGCUCUUUGAUAUGAACCUAACACAGGCAAUACAAAAGGAUCGUGUUGCCUUGUUGGCCCGAUGAAAUGUAUCUUACCUACUUUUUGCUUGAUCUAUGUUUCUUUAGAUGUAAAUCUUCUGAGCAAUCUCAUCUUGCAUUCAUAUAAGAUACGUGUUGUUUGACUUGAGUUGACUAUAACCUCAAUGUUCAGUACGGGGUUAUUGAAGAAUGGCUAUAUCUUCUUAUGUUAAUGUUCAUUAUAUUCAGAAGUUUUGUUCUUCUAAUG